AUGGCGAGUAGAUUUCAGCCAGGUGCACCGUUCAUUUGCAGUGCGCGCAUACACAAUGUUAACUUUCCCCUCCCCCAUCUCUUAACCACUGAAUGGCUUGUUCCAUUUAACCAGGAAUAUGAAGGUGAACGCAAUGCAGCUGGUGAACGACAUGGACAUGGAAGAGCACGAUUACCCAAUGGUGAUACAUAUGAAGGAGAAUAUGCCAAUGGUCUGAGAAAUGGGCGGGGGACCUACAGAUUUAAAAAUGGUGCUCGCUACAUUGGAGAAUUCUCUGAGAACAAAAAGCAUGGUCAAGGAAUUUUUAUGUAUCCAGAUGGAUCAAAAUAUGAAGGAGAAUGGGUGGAAGACCAAAGACAUGGAAAUGGAGUUUACUCCUAUAUGAAUGGAGACAUCUACACUGGAGAAUGGUCCAGCCACUAUAGGCAUGGACAAGGUACGUAUCUCUAUGCAGAAACUGGCUCUAAAUAUGUUGGUGGCUGGGUAAAUGGGCAACAGGAAGGAGCAGCUGAACUUAUUCAUCUAAACCACAGAUACCAGGGCAAGUUUGUGAAUGGAAAUCCAAUAGGUAGUGGGAAGUAUGUUUUUGAUAUUGGGUGUGAACAGCAUGGUGAAUACACACAUGUAGACCAGGAAAAAGGGGAGGAAGAGGAAGAGGAGGAAGCUGUAGCAAUUACUCCAAAAUGGAAAGCAAAAAAUAUUACAACUUUAACCUUAUGGACACCAGCAGUUGAAGAACCACCCCCGCCACCACCUCCUGAAGAGCCUCCAGCAGCAGCAGAAGAAGAGGUGCCAGCACCUUCAGUUGCUGAGGAACCUACUGAGGUUGGGGAACCUGAAGCUGCAGAGCCCACUGAAGAUUUGUCCCCAUCAAAGGAGGGAGAAGAGGAGGAGGAAGGGAGCAAAGAAGAUCAGGUGGAUCAGGUAAAUACUAGUUUGGAAGAGAAGGAAGAAGAAUCAAAGGAGUCAGAGGAGGCAGAUACAAGUAAAGAAGAAUAAAACUAAAUAAGGAAAUUACAUGGAAAACAGUUGGGUAUCAUAGCCCUGUAUAAUUUGUACUUAAUUGAACGUUCUGUUACAUUGUUAUGAAUAAACAUAUUUUUCUGGGUA